CUGACCUACUCCUGGUGACAGCAGAUAAACCCCUUUUCUCAAAGGGCUUUCUUAUAAUUUAUUACCAGGCUGUAAAGGACAUCCUGUGAAUCCUUUGAAGUGAGAUUAAGUUAUUGAGACCUCCUGUUGUUUGCAAACACCAUCCAAGCAAAAUGUAUCUAUUUGCAAGGACGGUCUUGCUUCUCUUCCUUUUAUUCAAUGGCUCAGUUGCAAUGUCAGUACUUUUUGAACCGGCGCCGACCAACAAAAGUAACAUUCCCGACCCUGGUGGUGAAGACUGGGGAUAUUUCGAUGUGAGGCCCGGAGCUCACAUGUUUUAUUGGCUUUUCACCUCGACUUCUGCCAGUGACCCAACGUCCAUUCCUAUUGUAAUUUGGCUUCAGGGUGGACCUGGUUUAGGUGGCUCAGGUUAUGGGAAUUUCAAGGGCAUGGGUCCUCUUGAUCUAGAAUUGAAUCCAAGAAAUACCUCAUGGGUUCACCACGUCAAUGUUCUAUAUUUGGAUAAUCCAGUUGGUUCCGGCUAUUCAUACGUAGACGAUCUAAAAGAUUUGGCAACCAAUGCCACUGGAAUUGCUCUCGACUUGGUUUCAUUCAUGAAACUAUUUUAUGAAAAGUAUCCUGAUUUUAAAGAAACGCCUGUUUACUGUUUCUCGCAAUCCUAUGGCGGAAAAAUGGCAGCUCACUUUGGACUUGCAAUGGCUAAUGCCAUGAGGGCAGGGGAAAUAGAGAGCAAUUUUAAAGGAGUUGCUCUUGGGUCAGCCUGGAUAUCUCCAAUUGACUCGACUACAAGUUAUGCUCCCUACCUACUGCAAGCUGGCCUAAUUGACACGCGCCGUUUUAAAAUGAUUGACGAAUACGCGGCAAAGUGCCGCACGCUCGUUGAAGAAGGGAAAUGGGAAAGAGCAACUGGUUGCUUGUCCAACAUGGAAUUCUUGAUCAAGGUUUUUACGCAUCAAGUUGAUUUUUACAAUAUCAUGUACAAGACUUCUCCAAGACGGGGUAAAUCAGAUCGGAGAAAUGAUAAUCAGGUUCAAACACGGGGCUUUGAUUUAAAUUUCCGCCCCGAUGAUGAUAUUAAUGAUGGAUCGGCACUAAUUGAUCUUAUGAACGGGCCAGUUUUUGACAAACUGAAUGCCACUUUGCAUUAUUUGCAUCACUGGAAUAAUCAGAGCACUGACGUUCUUCAAGCUAACUGGGCGGACUUUAUGAAGCCAGCUGUUGAUGUUGUUGAAACGUUGCUGGAAGAGACAAAUAUUACAGUGGCUGUAAACAAUGGGCAACUUGACUUGAUUUGCAACACUCCUGGUCAAUUGAUUUGGGCCGAGAAUAUGAAGUGGUCGAAUGUGUCUGACUGGAUUCAAGCGCCCCGCAACGCAUUCUCUGUAAAUGGAUUCACUGAAGGCUUUGUGAAACGUUUUGGUCGCUUCAGUUUCUGGUGGAUCAACCGUGCAGGACACUCGAUUCCAUAUGACAAUCCAUUGGGCUCAAUUGUUAUGAUGCGCGAUAUUGUUGGCCUUCCACGAGAGGAGAACGCAGAAAUCACUGCACAAUAUUUUGCCUGGGCAUAGAAAUAUUUCAACUAAAUCCUAAUCGUUUGUUU